AUGCCGUCACGAACUCUCCCUACCUUCACUCGCACCGAGGUCGAGGCCCAUAACAACAAGAAGUCCUGCUAUGUCACCAUUGGCGCCAAUGUCUACGACGUGACCGACUUCGCCCAAGACCACCCCGGUGGCGCCGACCUCGUCUUCGAAUACGCCGGCAAGGACGUCGAGGCUAUCCUGAAGGACCCGACUUCCCAUCCGCACUCCGAGGCCGCCUAUGAGGUCCUCGACGACUCCCUGGUCGGCUUUGUCAUCUCUCAAAAGUCGGUCAACGGAUCAGUCCGCAAGGUCAACGGUAACGCGAACGGACAUGCGAAUGGACACGCCAAUGGCAACGGCGCUGCCACGACGGAGAAGGAGGAAGAAGGUCCCAAGGUCAACGAGAACGGCGAGCUGUGGGACGGUGAGCGAUGGGUUCACCCCAGAACGGGUAUGGCGAACGAGGAGGACUUGAGCAAGGAGACGGACUACUCGAGCGACUACAAGAAGCACAAGUUCCUUGACCUGAGCCGCCCCUUGUUUCCUCAGAUUUGGUACGGAGGUUUCAGCAAGGAAUUCUACCUCGACCAAGUGCACCGUCCUCGCCACUACAAGGGCGGCGAGUCUGCACCGCUGUUUGGUAACUUCCUGGAGCCCCUUUCCAAGACGCCUUGGUGGGUGGUGCCUGUUGCAUGGCUUCCUCCCGUGGCAUACGGUACAUACCUGGCGAGGGAGGGCAUGAACAGCACCUUCCAGGAGGUCUGCUACUGGAUGCUUGGCUUCGGGCUUUGGAGCUUGAUCGAGUAUAUCUUGCACCGAUUCCUCUUCCACCUGGACAAGUGGCUUCCUGACAACCGUGUCGGUAUUACCGCGCACUUCCUGCUUCACGGUAUUCAUCACUACCUCCCCAUGGACAAAUAUCGCCUCGUUAUGCCGCCUACGCUGUUUGUCGUCCUCGCCACGCCCUUCUACAAGCUGGCGCACUGGGUCUUCUCGUACAGCUGGCACGCGGCUACCGCCGUCUUCUGCGGAGGCAUUUUCGGCUACAUCUGCUACGAUUUGACGCACUACUUCCUCCACCACCAGAACCUGCCUCUCUGGUACAAGGAGCUCAAGAAGUACCACCUUCAGCACCACUUCCUUGACUACGAACUCGGCUUCGGCGUCACCAGCCGGUUCUGGGACAGCAUCUUCGGCACUGAACUGCCCCCCAUUGUCAAGACGCAAUAA